AUGGCCAAAUCUGUAACUACAUACGAAAAACCUUUACCACACAUAAGUUUACCAGAUUGGUAUGCUAAGCAAUGGGAAGUUCAGCAAAAUGCAGCUCUCAGAAGUGCAGAAGCAUUUGAAUUAAGAAAUUCAGGAAAAAUUGUUCGUUCAGAAACAAUGGUAAAAACCUUGUGGGACUCAUAUAUGAAUAAUACUCGUCUUGCAGAUAGAGUAACAGAAUUAUCAAGAUGGAGAGAAGUACUUCAGCAUUUGUUAGAUAAAUUAAUUACAGAGACAAGAUUCAUACAGGCUGAGAAGGCUGAUGCAGAAAAAGAAUUAGAAAAUUUAAAUUAUCCAUUACAAGUAACUGCAGAAUGCAUUUCUAUGAGAGAUUGUCGUAGAGGAACAGAGCUUACUUAUGAUGAAGCUGAUACAGAAUUAAAAAGAGAACUCUGUGUCAUUGAAAAUGUUAAAAAAUUAUUAACUGAUAGGGUACAAGCUGCAUGGGAAAAGUUAAAUCGUUUGGAAGAAGUUAGAUUUACAGUGCAGUUGGAGGUAGAGGAUAAAGAUGAAACUAUUAAAAUAGAUAAAGAAAAUCUUAGUUUAGAUCGUACCUGUGCAAAUAUUAGCUACAAACCAAAUGCAUUAAGAACUCCAAAAGGGUCAAUAACAUAUGAAGCUUGGUUGAAACACUGCCAACAUGCUAAAACUUUAGCUGACAAUGAAUUAAGCGAUGUAUAUAAUUUUCGAGAAGCUAUGAAUGUAAUGCGUGAACGAGCUAGGAACGACAUUAAAGCUCAGCAGGAUGUAACAGAUUUUAGUUUACGAAAACGAAUCUAUCAGACGCAAAAAGCUCGAAAUGAGUUAGAGUGGCAGAAGCUUAAAAUUGAAAAAGAAAUGGAAAUUUUACAAAAAGAAAUAGUAAGAUUAGAAGAUGCACUACUGCAUAAAGUUGAUUCUAUAAAAUGUGCGGAAACAAGAUUAGAAAAUCGUACUUAUCGUCCUGGUUUUGAACUUUGUCGUGAUGAAGCUGAAUUAGGUUUGAAAGAUGAAGUUUUACAGUUGCGACAAACUGAAAAAGAUUUAUCAAAAGUUUUGGAAAAUUCAAAAGGAGCGUAUAAUAAUUUGGAAAGCUUACUGUUGCGGGUUGAUAGAAAUUUAGAUGACAAACAACAUUCUUUAGCAACGGAUGUGAUGUGUUUAGACAUGAGAGCAACGUUGAAAACAGGGGAUAGAACCCGAUUACCUAAUGAAACCGAUCGUAAUAUUGUUCUCACACAUAUGGAAGAAGAAAUACCACUUGAGUCGUGAAUAACUGCAA